UUGGUUGAAGUGGUCGCGCGCGGUUUCGGCCGUUGGAAGUUUAUUGGCCAUAAACAAUCGUUUAUUUAAUAUUGUUUUCAGUUAACUUCGAACAACCUGAUAUCUCGUCGAAAUGACACGCUGUCGGAGUUAUCAUGUCGAGAUUCCAAACCAUGAAUAAAAUUGAUAUGUCAAAUUGAGAACAAUCAGUGAGAAACAAAGUAGAGGUUAUAUCGUGUCCGGCAACCGACAAAAAAUCUUACCAUCAAGAUGGAUCAGAUGCUACCGAGUCCGGGCUUUAGCAUUCCCAGCAUCGGAACACCUUUACACCAACCCGAAGAGGAUCAACAGAUUUUACCCAAUGCCCUCCAACAACAGCAACAGCAGCAGCAACAGCAACAGUCGCAGCAAUAUCAGCUGCAACAAUUACAUUCAAUGAGUCCAAAUAUGCAAGGAAGCAUGCUUAUGAUUUCUACCCCGCAAAAGACCAUGCAUACGUAUGCACCGACUCCGGCAUUUGCUACUCCACAAAGUCUCAUGCAACCCCAAACUCCGCAAAAUAUGAUGUCUCCAAUUGUACAACCAUCGAGUCAAAUUGCUCCGUCUUCCAUUGGACCGUCCACACCAGGACCGAUGACACCUAUGACUCCAGCUUCCGCCGAUCCAGGAAUAUUACCACAAUUACAGAAUAUUGUUUCGACUGUUAAUUUAAACUGUAAAUUGGACCUGAAGAAAAUUGCAUUGCAUGCAAGAAACGCAGAGUACAAUCCAAAGAGAUUCGCAGCUGUAAUUAUGAGAAUUCGAGAACCUAGGACAACGGCACUCAUAUUUAGCAGUGGAAAAAUGGUCUGUACAGGGGCAAAGAGUGAAGAAGACUCGCGACUGGCAGCUAGAAAGUAUGCACGUAUUAUACAAAAACUAGGUUUUGCGGCUAAGUUCCUGGACUUUAAGAUACAGAAUAUGGUAGGCAGCUGUGAUGUUAAAUUUCCAAUUCGAUUGGAAGGUUUAGUACUUACUCACGGUCAGUUUUCUUCAUACGAACCGGAACUCUUCCCUGGACUGAUAUAUCGAAUGGUCAAGCCACGAAUAGUCUUACUAAUAUUCGUGUCCGGCAAAGUAGUCCUCACAGGAGCUAAAGUACGACAGGAGAUUUACGAAGCAUUUGAUAAUAUUUAUCCAAUUCUCAAGAGUUUCAAGAAACAGUGACACAACGUUUUUUUUCGUUAUCAAACCACAAUGGUCUUAUCGUUCAUCCUUAGAGCAAGGAUACCAUGCCGAAAGCAUGACAAGCCUUAUAGUGCUUGUUAUUACGUAUUACUUAGGUAAGAGUUUACGGCAAAGAAAGAAAUUCAACAACAUUAGCAGUAACGAGCCUGUGAAUUUCUGACUGCUAUGUUGCUAGCUUUAUUGUUUAUUUAAUGACAUUUGUUAACCGAGACCUGAACGCUUGAACGAAAGAAAAGAAAAGAAUCUAUAUAGGCCAUAUUUUUACAAGCUAGACAGCCGAAGAUUCUCUACAGCUUACGGGAACGAAGUGUAUAAUAUAGAGUUCGUGGCAUUGUUUAUUAUUUCAAAUAAGGAGUUUAGUUAGACAAUGGCAGUCUGUAAAAUGGUGACGAGAUUUGGUGCGACAGCGAACUUACAGUAAUCUAAGGUACAAAACUCCAUACGAUGGAGUUAUUGUAAUUUAUGGUUUGUAAAAUGUUUCCUAAGAAAAAUAAAACUUGUACAGAUCUUU